UUUUCAGACAUGCGAAAUUGUUCUAUGCUGCCGUAGAUGUGAACUCCUUGCUGCACCGCCUCUGCCUCUUCUCUUCCAGAAACUCAAGGGCCUGAAUUAUGAGCUGUGGAUAUCUAAGAUCUCGGUGAAUCUGGAUGGAAUAUGAACAGCGAGAUGAAUAGCAGAAGGAAAGAAACGGUGAAGUUGGUUAUUUUUCUGGCACAUGGAUGCAAUUACGCUCAGUGCAUUCCAGAGGCGUUCCUUUGAAUUCUGUGCAGGUCUGCCUGCUAUUCCUGGAAGAAGGAAAGAAAAAGGGAGGAAAAGUCCCUCUCUUGCCUGGAGACGGAAUGUCUGCACUUUCUAUCUUCCUUUUAGCUUCCUGUUCUGUUUGGAUAUCUGAGGCUCAGACUGAACUCAAGAGAGUGGCUGAAGAAAACGUGACUUUGCCCUGUCACCACCACCUGGGCCUCCUGGAGCAAAGAAGCUUGGAUAUCGAGUGGCUGCGGCACGUUUCUGAAACAGUACAAAAAGCGGUCAUCACUUACUCUGGAGGCCGCGUUUAUGACGACCUGAAUGAGGAACAGAAAGGCCGUGUUUCCUUCACUUCCAAUUUUCUUGCUGGAGAUGCAUCCCUGAAGAUCAUAUCCCUGCAGUCCAGUGAUGCAGGAAAGUACAUAUGUAAAGUUAAAAAUGCUGGGCAGUAUGAAUGGGCUCACGUCACCCUGAAGGUUGUAGAGAAGCCUUCCAAGCCCAAAUGCUGGCUAGAAGGGGAACUGCUGGAAGGGAAGGAACUUUCCUUGCAGUGUCGUUCUGCAUCUGGCACUGCACCCAUCUCCUACCGAUGGCAGCGCUUAAGUGAGGAUGAAGAGAGAGCUGAACAUCUCCCACCUACAUCAAGAGUCAAUAUAUCUAAUCCUGGGCAAGUCUUAUUAAAGAAUCUCACACAGAUGAGUACAGGUUUAUACCAAUGUAUUGCCACCAAUGAGGCUGGACAAGAAAGCUGUGUUGUUCAGGUGACAGUGCAGCAGGCACAGAAUAUCGGCAUGAUCGCUGGAGCGGUUUGUGGAGUAGUGGUAGGACUUUCUCUCCUUCUUCUAGUGGUGAGGCUGACAAUAAGGAGGAAAGAAAAAAAGAGAUAUGAAGAGGAGGAGGCCCCAAAUGAAAUCAGGGAAGAUGCAGAGGCUCCCAAAGCCCAUCUGGUCAAGCCCAGUUCCUCUUCCUCUGGUUCCAGGAGCUCACGUUCAGGUUCCUCCUCAACCAGGUCGACAGCCAACAGUGCCUCUCGCAGCCAACGGACUUUGUCAACGGAAGCUACUCCUCAUCUAACUCCUCCCCAAUAUAGCCAGAAGGAGAUGGAGGGAAGGGAAACUGAGCCAAAGAAAGUUGACUACGCUAACUUGAUGAAAAUGGGAGCCACGUUGGUCAUGGUGCCUGCCCAAAGCCGAGCGUUCCAGACCGUGUGACUGCUCACCAGCUGCCUGGAGAGUCCUGCCAUCCAGAAACACUUCACAUACCACCAGCCACCUAAGAAUAGUUAGAUUAGCUUGUUACCUUCCUAGUCAGCUUAUUUUUAAUCACUUCUGAUUAUUCACACCACAAGAAGCCCUCCCACUCAAAUCUGUCUUACAUCUUCCUGCACUGAGGUUCUGAUACAAAUUCUUUUUUUUUCUUAAGAUAAGUUUGAGGAAAAGGGAGCCUUCUUUUUAAAUUAACUCUUUAUGAAAUGGAACAUCAAGCAUUUUAAAACUACAGCUGAAAAAUGUCAGCUAAGCGCUGUGUAAAUGAAAUGAAACCAAACCUCAGGAUUUUUUAAAAGGGAUCAACAAAGGCAAAAAGGCGUACAGUGUUAUAAUGAGGUUUAUGGGGAGGGGAAUGUCUUUUGUGCUGGCUUUGGUGAACUUUCUAAAAGAACCAUCGUCUAACCUGAAGUUUUUGAGACCGCUUUUCUGCUGAGGAUUGUCCACUGAGACCUCAAGGGAACUUAUAGCUGCCUCAUGAUUUCUGCAUUCGGUCUCCUAGUGAAAUACAUUUGGAGGCUGUUAACUGACGCAGAAAGGAAAGGUAAUUCAAAAAGGUCCAGAGAUGCAGCAUUAAGGUAUGUGUCUGAACAAACCUCUCUACUAAAGAAAGGACCCUUCGUGUCAAGGAAACAGGUGCUUAAUUGCCAGAAUAAACUUAAUGCCAAUAGAUACGGCCAGGAGCCUGAUUCUGCUCUUAUGGUCAGCACUGUAAAUCAGCAGUAACUCCACUGGAGUUCUGUCUGUGUCAAAUGAGCCUUAGUGAGAUGAGAAUCAGAUGCUGAAUCCAAAAUGAAGGCAGCACCUCAAGAAGUAAGGGCCACUAAUCUGCUAAAAAAAAAAAAAAAAAAAAAAAGCCCUGGAAGAAGCAUUUAGAAGGUAUUUUUUCUCUUGCUAUCUGUGAAUUCGACAGUUUUGGGAUGAGCCAUGCUGUAUGAGCCUUAAGGGGAGCUCUUCUCAAGGCUGACUGAACAGCAUCCUUAAACUGACCUUCAGGAAACCCAGGUAAGAGCGGACUGAUAGAGCACAUUGUGAGGAAAAUACACCAGGGCUGAGAAAACAAAUGCAAAAUUAAUGGAAGGAAAUGUCUGUGUGUAUUGUCCCAUUUUCCAUCAAGCACUGGGCCUCGUUCCAUUAUUGAGGCUUAAAGUUUAGCAGGAUUCAAACGACCAAGAAUAACACAAAUAUUUUCUGUGAUUAAAUUAGCCAAAAUAAACAUUUAUAAGGGAUAUAAAGCCUUAUACUUCAAGUUGCAAGCCAAACAAGAAAUGGUGCGAGAUAGGGACAGGCUUCUGCAGGCAGAUGCUCCUGUAACUUUCUCUCGUUUACACUUUCCUCUGAAAGACUUGGCUCUGGCCACUGCUACACACAAGAUACUGAGCUUGUAGACCCUAAAUUCUUCUACUCUUAAACUGAUGAUUUUCUAUAUGGCCUGAUUUUUUAUUUGAGGAGGGAGGGAAGGUUUUCUUCAGUUUGUGGAAGGACUGCACAGGAGACGGAUCAGCACAGAAGAACGACAGAUCUAUAAAUGUGUCAUGCCGGGGAUGAUAAUUAACAUCCUUCUCUGACUGAGGCCCAGCGUUCUGGCUUCUUUGAUUGAGAACUUAAAAAAUACUUGCUAUAAUUUCUCCAGGUGUACCAAAAUCUGAUCAAAACCGAACCUUGGAUUUUUACUUCCUUAUGGGAAAUAGUCUUGCAAAGCAACUUGCCCUAUACUUUCUGAGAGCUUCACUUAGUAGCAGUCACCCAUUCUCCUCAUGCGCAUUAACAUGUAACUCGAUCUCUAUACUCGAGAGUCAACCUAACUGCCCUUAGUAGGAUAGAGUACCAAUCUGUUGUGUAAGGGAGGCAGUCUUGGGUCACAGAUUUAAACGAAGGAACUCUCUGGUAUUAGACAUUUGAUAAGCUUCUAUUUUUAAGAAAGCUCCUGGUAUUGAACAUUAUGUCAUUUUAUCUAGGCGCUUGCCCUGGAUACUCCGGAGGCAUGUUCCUGGCUCAGCCAUGUCUUGGUAGAUGGUUGUGGCUGUUGCCAUUUGGAAGAAGUGGCUGUAUGUGUCUGGGACUCCUCUGCAGUUUGCUCUUUUGCUGGGCCCUGAAGGCCUAGGUCCUCCAAACCGCUUGCAGGACACUCCAGAGCUGGAAAAGUCCUGAACAAGACCGUGAGCAGGACUUCUUAAGCAGCUUGUGGCUUUUAUGAUGGCUUACUGUUCAGGAGUGAAAUCUACCUGUGUUCCCUCAGUGGAUUUUCUGAGGAUAUGUAUUCUAUGCAUACACAAACGAGCAAAUUUCUCAUUGAAGAACACGUGCACGAGCAACCAGACGCUUAUUAUCAUAAAAUAAGGGUAACAAAUCUAACAGUUGAGCUGGCUAAGGUCUAGGUACAAAAUACUUGUUUCUGAGUGAUAGGCCAGAUUUGCCAUAGCUAAGUGAAGGAUUCUCUUAUCUGCAGCCUAGAGGCAAGCUAUGAGAAUUUGACCAGCCAGCUCCCGGCAGUCUCUUUCCUGGAGGCCUUUGGGAAUAGGCUGCAGGACAGAUGAGCCAUGGCAGCCAUCUCCUGGCUUUCAACUUCCCCGGAGCAGGGAAGUCGCUCGCUGUCAUAUGAGGUGCCUGUCCGAUGCAUGGGAGAAAAGGUUUAUGGACUUCACGGAAAAGAGGUUAGUUGGGAGCCACUGGGGAGCCUAGUGUGUCAUCUUUCCCAGCCUUUGUCAGGAAGGAGGAAGCAGGCUACGCGCAUGCUGGCUAUCCGUGCAUACACUCAUGGCACUGUAUAUACAGCAUGGGUCAGGAAAGGCACCGCGGUGCUCUGCCGCCAUGGACAAAAAGUGUGGGCGUCACUGUGAUUUAAAACUGCAAAGUCUGAAGUGCUGUGGUGCUUUUCAGACCGCACAUCAGUGAUCUCGCAGGCAACCACAACUCAGUCUGAUACUUCAGUUGCUAACAGGAAACCAAAAAAGGGCAAAGUUCCUUACUCCAAGGAAAUACAAGAAAGAGAUGGUUUCAAAGGUGUAUUUUAUUUUCAAAGGGACAUUUUCUGAGCGCCAGAUGACAGCAUCAGGAGUUUUACAAGGGAAGCAAAUGAACCCUAAGCCAAACUCUGUUUUGUAAAAUAGUGUAUUUAAAACAUUUACUGUCAUAUACCAAUUAUUACUAGAGUGUGACUACACGCAUACAAUCUUAUGUAGCUUUCUUUUGUUUCUCAGCAGCUAAGCUGAGCUUACAUUUCUCUUUUACCUGCUAUAAUUGGUGUACUAGUACUGUGUCUGAACAACUUGGAGGAAAGCAAAUAUUUAUUACAGAUUCCUUUGAAUCAAUGAUUUCAUAAUUUUUGUUGUUUUAUAAAUAAAUAUGCUGCAGCAGAAGUGCUACAGCUCAACUUGA